AUGCUAGUCUCUUUCCGACGAGUUGCAGUUGUGACGUAUGCCGUUAUUGUCUUCAUUGCUCUUACAACAUACGGGAUUUUCUGGAGAAAGCAUGGUGCUAUUCCCAUUAGUUUUCUAAAUAUUUUCGGCAACCCAACCUUCAACAGUGACUCUCCAGAUACGAAAUUGCCCUCGACAACGAACUCUCCAGUAACCAAAUUGCCCUCAACAACAAACUCUCCAGAUAUCAAAUUACCCUCGACAACAGAGCAGAUGGCCUCCCGAUUUGCCUACGCACAAUAUGCUACAAGCUUGGAUUAUUUAUGCAACACCGUAAUCAACUUUAACCGCCUGAAAAAUUUGGGUGUUCAAUAUGACAUGGUUCUAAUCUAUCCAAAAACUUGGGAUGAUGAGAAGACAAAAGCUCGAGAAGCAAAGGCUAUUCGAAACCUUCGAUCCAGCCAUCUCGAUAUCGUUCUCCGCCCCUUCAAUGUUCUCUCUACAGAAAAGGGCGACUCGACUUGGCGCGAUAGUCUGACUAAAUUCCACGCCUUCGCCCUGACUGAUUAUACAAGAGUCCUAGCAUUUGAUUCAGAUUCGCUCGUUCUCAACAAUAUGGACUCUCUCUUCCUUGCCCCUGAUUCGCCUGUGGCUUUGCCACGCGCGUAUUGGCUUACAGAACGGAAUAACGGGACUGUAACGCAGAUCCUGGGAUCACACCUCAUGCUGAUCGAGCCCAAUACUCACUUAUACGAGAAGAUUGUUAAUGAGGCUACGCAAAGUGGCGAGUUCGAUAUGGAAGUAAUGAACGAGCUUUUUAAAGACUCGGCCAUGAUACUCCCCCACAGACGCAUAGCACUCCUAACAGGCGAGUUCCGAGCAAAAGAUCACCGGAAAUACCUCGCGCCUGACGAGGAGGAAGAAUGGAACCCAGUUAAUGAACUAAAUAUGGCAUUUCUCGUGCACUUUAGCGACUGGCCACUACCAAAGCCAUGGAAAUCUCACUCCGAGGCGCAAUGGGAGGCGGCGUUGCCUGAGUGUUUAGACAAUGACAAAGAGAUGCCAGAUCUACCACGAUGUGCUGACCGGAUGGUAUGGACGGGAAUAUAUUCAGACUACGACCGCGAUAAAGCGGCAUAUUGUCAGAUUCUCGGCAUAUAG